GCCACCCAUUGUUUUGUUAGAAAUGCAAAUAUUUUCUCACUAUAAAAACAAAACAUAAGACCAGUUAUGGUUGAAUUAUAACUAUAUCCACCUCCAUUCUUCUUCUCAGUUUGAAUAAUGACGCAGUUUCAAGAAUUGCCAGAAGAAUGUCUAUCCACUAUACUCUCUCGUACUACUCCCGUUGACGCCGGCAGACUCUCCCUCGUUUCCAAUACUUUUCAUUCUGCUGCCGAUUCCGACGUUGUCUGGAAUCAAUUUCUCCCUUCCAAUUCUCAUUUCAUGGAUUCUAUCAUCUCAAAUUCUCCUUCACUUUCCAACAUUGAUUCCAAAAAGGCUCUCUACUUAGCACUAUCGGAUCGUCCUAUCAUCAUCGACAAUGGUCUAAAGAGCUUUCAAUUGGAUAGAAAGAGUGGGAAAAUAUUUUACAUGCUCGCGGCCAGAUCUUUAUCCAUCUCUUGGGGUGAUGAUGAGCGUUAUUGGAAUUGGAUUACUAUGCCUAACUCCAGGUUCCCUGAAGUUGCUAAGCUUUGUUAUGUGUGGUGGUUUGAAAUUCGUGGAAUAAUCAACACUCUUGCCUUGUCCCCAAAUACUCAGUAUGCAGCUUAUCUUGUGUUCAAGAUGAUUGAUGCCUAUGGAUUUGAGAACAAAACUGUAGACUUAACCGUUGGCGUCAAAGGUGGCCAUAACAACACUAAAAUAGUCUGUUUUGAUCCACACAUAGAACCUGUCAUAGGUAGGUGGUAUAGUGGGAGGAGGCCCAGGCCACACAACAUAGUAGGAUUGCAACGUCCUAGUGUGAGAAGCGAUGGAUGGUGGGAGAUUAAGAUGGGAGAAUUCUUCAAUUCAAAUCUCGAAGAUGAAAUCGAGAUGAGUGUUAUGGAAAUAAAGAGUAAUGGGUGCAAGGGGAAUUUCUUUCUUGAAGGAAUAGAAGUUAGGCCUAAAGAAGACAAUUAAGCAACAUCACUGAACUAUGCAGUAUUUUGUGUCUUGUUUCAUAUUAUCUCUUGAUUUGCAGUCUCUUAAUAACGAUUAAAAGUUGAACCAAUUCCUUGAUAGACUAGAAUUUAAGUCAUCACAAUUGUCAAUGAAAGUUAACAAUAAACUACUCCUUCUGUUUCGUAAAAAAAUUAUC